CCUUACCAACGACCAUGCAACCACGCAACAAACCAAACAACCCUGCGCUUGUGGCCACAAUGGAACUUCCUCGAUGACACUACUGUACGACAGGAGAAUCUGCAGCGCAGCUGGUGCCAACAGCAGCUGACGAAUCGAAUCUUUUCGACAGUCUUCUUGGAGUCUCGGGGUCGCCUGACGGCUGAAACCCAAAAUGGCUCCCCGAUCUCUCGUGUUUCUUUUUGGAUUCCUGUUGCUUUCCUGCAUUAUUUGCGCGUUGGGAUCUGGCUUUUUCCUUGAACGUGACAAUGCUCUGCGACGGAUGUCUGCUGUGGGUGGCGCUUCAGCAUCAGGGGCGUCUAUUACCGGGAUUAAGAUUCUGUACAUUGUUACGUCGAUUGCGGAAUAUGAUAGCGGCAAGAGAAAGACCAUCGAGGGACGAGACAGAUUUGUGGAGACACUGAUUCCUGUGGUUUCGGAAAGUGUACAGUCCAUGCUGGCAGCCGGAUAUCAAGUCGACACCUAUCUCAUUGCUCAUUAUUCCCUCCGCCAGGAUCGAUACGACCUUUUGCGAGAAUCACUGCCAGACACUGUGGGGCUGGAUUUGUGGGAUGAUGCUUGCCCUGUGGGAUAUCCAAAAGCCAGUGAAGGAAGUAUGGACUAUAUAAUCAAUGUGACGCGGGCAUUGGCUCGUCAACAUCGCUAUGUCAUCAAAGACAAGCUACCCCACUAUGAUGUCUUUGUCAACUUUGAAGAUGACAUGUUGAUUCGUGGAGAUCAUGUACAGCAGUACUUGCAAGUAUCGGCAGAGAUUGAUCGUCUGUGGCACUCUGCACCCACCAGGUUGGACCCAGCAACGACAAGAACGGCGACGACUGUGGAGGCAGCCUUGGACAGUUUUCAUGGUCCCAUGUCCAAGAUUCAAUUCGCUCGCAUGAUACCUGGUUUUAUCCGAGUGGAACGAGCUGCCAAUGCAACGGGCUUCCAGAAACGAACUCGCCCAGGACGAAUCCCCGUGGAAGAAUCCUACCGAGACCGUAACACUGGUCAAUACAAUCCGGUUCGUGUAGAUCCCAAACCUUGCUGUCACCGUCCAGGCGAAUCCUUGGCAGCAUCUUCUGAUUUGUUUCUUUGGGAAUCCCAUAUCAAAGCUCUGGGGAUUCGUCACAUUCCUGAAUCCAAUCUACUCGAUUGGGUACUAUUGCAACGAGGAGGGAGUCCUGCCAAAAUGGAAGUGGAAGAGUUGAUUGGGGAUUAUUGGUCGGGCCGUGAUGGCGACUUUGUCCUUGGCUUGCCCACGGAUGCUAGACCAGACCCAAUGGAAUCCAUAUACUCCAACAACCAAGGGGGGUGGAUGGCCACACGAAAGCAGAUUUGGAACUGGCAUACACGGCAGUGUUGGGGAGGUUUCCUUCCUCCGUUUUCAUCGACUUUUAUCUAUCCCAUGGAUGGUAUGAAUCAUGUUGUAGAGUACUGGUCCGGAGGAGGCAACCUCUAUGGUCGAUUGGCCUGCAAUCUACAGCGCAUCAUACCCUUGGAUCCACCGCAAUUCUCUCGUCAUUUAUUGUAUCAUACAUCCAACAACAAACAAAAGCAGUUGAAGUUUGUCAAGGGUCUCUUCUCCCGAGUAGAUACUUUGCUCGGGCAACUGCAUACUGUGCGAAAACGAGCCGAGAAAGUGAUGGAACAAGAAAAUAUAGCACGGCCGGGGUGAGAAAUUCUACCGGUACCUUGGUUUGGACGUGUGCUCCCAGCAGAUGGGCAGGUAAAACAAACCAACAUACCACUCAGCUCUUUUGAUAGGUACCAGGCAUACCGUGGCAAGAGAACAAACGCCGAUGGGGGUUGGAAGGGGGGCAUACAAAUCACACCAUUGGGAAACUAGGCAGGAGCGGUGGAUUGUAGCUUCGACCAUACUCUUCUCCAAGGCAAAGGCACUUGUUCAAAGUGAGGUUGUGACACAGAACGGGGGCGAUGGUCAUUGGCAUGUAGUGCCAUCGCGAUAGAAAAAGAAUCUUCAAUCCGAGUUAAGACAUUUUUCGUCGGUAGGGGGACUACCUCGGCAAAUUUUAGUUUUUGCACCUGCGACAAACGUCAUCCAAAUGGAGAUGGAGAUCAAAACAAGCGACGCCCUGCCUUUCAAGGAAUGCUGCUGGGAAAGACUGUUGAAUAGAAAGAAGCGAAAAAGCCCCGAUGGUGUCCUCGAAUUGAAGUUCCGCCAGUCUCGUGUCAUUGGCAGACGCCGCAUACUAUUUCCAGCCACCAGACCAGGGCUGGUCAAAAACAUUCAGAAAAUAAAGAGCAUUUGUUGGAGAUGCCGCGAUGAGCUUCGCAUGUUUGUCGUUUGCUCUGAUGUAGGUUUGCCAAUGGCACGAUGAGCCAGAUAAACUAACUGGCGUCACAGAUGGUCAGCAUUAUCUCUACAAUAUCCAACAACACCAGGGUUGGACAGCCCAAACGAAGAAGCUGUAAAGUUAGUAUUCUAUGAAUUAUGACGAGUCGCCGGGCACCAAACACCCCAAACUACUAGAGAGAAUCCAGCCACAGCAAUAUGGCUGUCACGGCAACGAGCUUGCUAGACGCGCCAGUAAUCGAUUCACAUCAACAGGGUGGUCACGGCAGAUUAUAGACAUAGCGGCCUACUCAGGAGUAUUGUAUUAUUCGCUAGCUACCGUAGCAUACGAAAGCUGGGUGUGGAGCAAAAGCUUCUAUAGAAGGCGAAGGGACUGGGUUGAGCCAGUGGGAUCGGGGAGAAAAUUUUCGCUCAAUUAUAGUUCGAUAAUAAAAUGGUC